AUGAGCUACACCAACGAAAAACCGACCAAGCUGAGCACCCAUAGGGCCAUACUCCGUGGGCCCAGUCAUGGUCUCGCAGUCUAUGCGAAGCCGCGUAACCUGGUGUACGAAGGGAAGCUCAUCGAAGUUGAGUACUAUCCCAAUCUCCAAUAUGUUGCGGUGUCGUAUGCUUGGGAUCCAAGUAGUGAGUGGGUCCAAUGGUUUGGUCGAAAGGUCACAACGCAGGCGCUGCACAUUGUCGAUCACCCGUCGCACGAAGCUGCCCAUUUGGAUUGA